AUGAGCAAUGAGAUGAAAGAUUUGAAGAAGCAGCAACGACAGGUCCAGAACACAUUCGACGCUGUGCAGCAGUUUAUACGGAAGUUUAAACCAGAGAAGCAUCAGUUGCAAAUCCAAGUUAGACUGGAAAUGUUGGAGUCAGCCAUGAAGAAAUUCUACGCCGUGAGAAGGAAAUUGGAGAUACUUUCGGAAGAAGCGGAUGAGAAAGAAUCAAUCGACACCAAAGAGAGUUCUGAAGAUCGUGUUACAAGGAUGGAAUCGCUUGCUGAGAAGCGAGAAGAAGAAAGUGCCCAACUAUCUCGACAGGCUGAAGAUUCAUACUGUGAGAUGAAAUCAAUCCUACAGAGUCUACAGUCCGAUUUACAAUCGUCAUCAUCCUCCUCUUCGAAGAUACAACCGUCGGAUCAAUCGUGUGUGCAAUCUCGUGUCAAACUUCCAGAAAUACGACUGCCAAACUUUGGAGGCAAGACACGAGAUUGGGUAACGUUCCGGGAUAUGUUUAGAAGCCUCAUCCAUCGGAACGAACAGCUUACCGAAAUGGAUAAGUUUACGUAUCUUCGGUCAUCCCUCACAGGUGAAGCGCUCCAAGAAGUAAAUUCCAUAGAAAUGUCAGCGGUCAAUUAUACAGUUGCGUGGGAAGUACUGCAAAAUCGGUACGAAAACAAGAAGCUUAUCGUCAAGGCUCAUCUAGACGCACUAUUUGCAGAGGAACCAAUAAAGAGGGAGAAUUACGAAGCAUUAAAUCAUCUGAUCAGUGAAUACGAUCGAAACUUACAAAUGCUGGAAAAGAUUGGUGAAGCUCCAUCUAACUGGAGUACAAUUUUAGUGUAUAUGGUUUGCUCUAGACUCGAUCCUACAACUCUCCGCCACUGGGAAUCGCAUCACAGCUCAAAGGAUGUGCCCAGUUAUGAUGAAUUGACGACUUUCCUUCGAGCACAUUGUUCAGUACUACAAUCCAUAACACCCGCUAAGUAUCAGCAAAUUGAAAUCAAGAAAACGAAAUUAGCCACUAGUCAUACGUUCAUUCAAUCAGCGAAUCGGUGUCCGUUUUGUGGAGAAAGUCCGCACUCAGCAUUUAAGUGUCAAAGGUUUCUGGCUUUGAGAAUACCUGAGCGGUAUGACAAGGUGAAACGAAAUGGGCUAUGCUUGAAUUGUUUCUCUUCCUCACAUCUAGUUCGAGCUUGUACAAGUGUACAAGUUUGUCGUCAAUGCAGACAAAAACAUCACACCUUACUGCAUAUGGAAUCAACGAAUAGAAAUGUCUCAUCGUCGCAACAAAGUACUUUGGUCGCACGAUCACAAAAUAGAACACCACCAGCGAACAAUCAACAAACACAGUCAGUUGCCCAGAACCAGACAACACGUACACCACUUCUUGGACCCAGUACAAAUUCAUUUCCCAUCACAAACACGAAUUCGCUUCUACACAAUCACUCGCCACUCACCACAGAUCCAAUUCCAUUCGAGCACACUAAUGCAUUGUCAGCAACCAUGCUGACUCCUUUGCGCCAAGUUCUACUAUCUACUGCCUUGAUUCGAGUGACAGAUCCACAUGGAAAUACUCACUUAGCGAGGGCAUUAUUGGACUCCUGCUCGGAGUAUUGCUUUAUAACGACAAACCUUUCGCAAAAACUAAGACUGACGGAAGCAGUCAGUCACCUGUCUGUUGCAGGAAUAGGAGGUUCUACUGUACGAUCUACUAAAAUGGUAGAGGCAUUUGUUGGUCCCCGUUCCACCAGCAUUUCGCCAUACACUGAAAGUCUGCAGAUGCAUGUUCUUCCAAAACUCACGUCGAAGCUACCGACCCAAUCGAUUGAUGUGAAUCAACUAUCAUUUCCGAACGACAUCACUCUGGCGGACCCUCAGUUCUUCAAACCUGGUUCCAUCGAUAUUAUAAUAGGCGCAGAACACUAUUAUGAUCUUUUAGACAACGGCAGAAUCAAAUUAUCGGAAAAUGGUCCCAUACUCCAGAAGACCGUUUUCGGUUGGGUUGUCUCAGGUCGCAUGUCAGAGAAAAGCGUGGAUAAUCGCAAAACGGUGUCUCAUGCUUGUUCGAAUGUCGAACUACGCGAAUUACUGACAAAUUUCUGGGAGUUAGAAUCAUGCAAAAGCACAAGCAUCUUUUCUGUUGAGGAAACCAUGUGCGAGGAGAUUUACGAUUGCACAACCGUUCGUGAUAUUGAUGGAAAAUACAUCGUUACUCUUCCCAAGAAAGAGCACAUAAUCAGGCAGUUGGGAGAUUCACAUGAUAUCGCAUUGAGGAGGUUCCAUGGUCUCGAAAAGCGUUUCGCAGCAGACAAUAAUUUGAAGACUCAAUAUACCGAAUUCAUCGAAGAAUACUUGGCAAUGGGACAUAUGAUAGAAGCGCCUGAAGAAGAUUCCAGUCAGCCUUU